UGUAACUCAACUCCGUCAAUUUUUAGGAUUAGUAAAUUUCCAACGAAAAUUCAUCGAUCAAUGCUCAACUAUAGCCAAGCCACUGUCGGAAUUGACAGGAGGGCCGAAACGUAAAACAUUAACUUGGACACCAGAAAUGGACACCGCAUUCGAAACCCUGAAGCAAAAACUCGCAGAAGAAGUAACGUUAGCAUUUCCAGACUAUUCAGAACAAGCAGACGAAUUAGAAUUAUUUGUCGAUGCAUCAGGCACAGGUGCAGGAGCCUGUUUAAUGCAAAAACAACAAGGUAACUAUAAAACAAUAGCAUAUUCUUCCACGACAUUCUCAGAUACGCAAUGCAGGUAUUCAACAAUCGAAAGAGAAUUGGAAGCCAUAAGAUGGGGAAUCAAAACAUUUCGAGCAUUUUUAUUUGGAGUUAAAUUCGUCCUUUACACAGAUCACAAACCAUUACUCUAUCUUCAAAACAUGUCCAGGGAGAAUUCAAGAUUAAUGAGAACAAUAAAUGAAUUAGCUGAAUACGAUUUCACCAUCAGAUAUAGACCCGGAACACAGAACGAAGCUGCAGAUGCCCUUUCCAGACUUUCGCAUGACCGCCCUACAGAUAAACAACAUUCACGUUGGGCAAACUCUUCAGAACUUCCAGGAAACCUAAAGCUUGCAGAGAAGGUUGACGGAGGCGGCAACUCUCUAUUUGUGUCAUUAUUUAUAUUACUCAAAGAUUUGGCAAUCAAUGAAGAAACAUUGAUAUUACCAGAAGACCACGCCUCACUAAGAGAACACCUAGUUGAACAUCUACUUGCAUCACCAGAAAAAUUCAAAAUUAAACUAGACAAACUUAAGAGAAGACAACUUAAACUAAUGAAAAACGUUGGAGAACUACCAUGUGAGGAAAUUAUUUUAGCUGCCAGCGAUCUGUACAAUGUUGAAAUAUGGGUCCAUCAUGGGAUGACUUCACCAGUAAUUUACAAGUCAGAUAAUUUAACUGAGGAUCAUCAAAUAAUGCACUUGCAAUGCAUCUCCGGAAUCCACUAUAAUCCGGUAGAAGAAAGGAAUUUGCCAGCAAAUAAAAUGUCAAAAGUAAACAUUAAACUAAAGAACAUUAAUCAACCUUACACGCUAGAAACAAUGAAACCCUCUGGAAAAAGGACUGAGGUAGAAGAAGAUUCUGAUGAAGAAAACAAAAUUAAACUUGCAAUAAACAUACAAAUAGCAACAUGCAAUCACACAUCAUUGGAAGGUAGAUACUCUGCAUCUAUUGGAGAGGAAGCAUUUUGUUGCAUAAUUGACACGGGCUCACAAGUUAGUGUAAUAAGCAAGGACCUUUGGGAAAGAAUUUACAAGGCUAAUACCAAUCUAGUUUUUGAAGAGGGACAAGAAAAAUCAUUAGGAGGCAUUGGUAGCAAUCUGACAGAAAUUCUAGGAAUCGUGAAACUAAAACCCAAACUCAUGGAAAUUGAUAUAAAAGAAGAUACACCUUUUGCAGUGAUUGAAACCAGCGCAAUGCCAUGUUGUUGCAUUUUAGGAGCCAACUUUCUGAAUAGAAAUAAUAUCAUUUUAGAUUUUCGUUCGAAAAGCGUUUACAAAGGAUGCGGUACACAAACCGACCAAUCAUUUCUUAUGAACAAACACAUACGAUCAAAAACGGGCUCAGAAUUUUUAGGACAUAUAUCAACCAACGAUAAGAAUAUUUCGUCUGAUUCAGACCAUUCAACUAAUUAUCCAGAGAUUGAUGAGGUAAUGCCAAAAAUAAAAUAUACUAUUUCAGAAGAAGAACUUAAGAUUAUCCAGAACAAAGAUGAAAGCUUGAAGGAGUUGAAAGAAAUGAUUACAAUGAAUAAGGAUAUUAAAGAUUGGAAACUGAGCACUCUAAACCAAUACAAGAGACAUAAAAAGAAUUUGAGAGUCCAUUUGGAUAUUUUAGUUAGGGACACUGGGAAUACGCAAUCAAUAGUAAUACCAUUCGCCCUAAUGGUGGAAGUAGUUCACAAGACCCAUCUCCAGUUAGCACACAUAGGCAGACACAAAUUGGUAGAUUUAGUUUUGCGCAACUUCUGGCAUCCAGCUCUAGAUAAAGUUGCAAGAGACAUUUGUGCAUCCUGUUAUCAUUGCCAAUUGUUCAAAACCAGUAGGAUGAUCGCAAUUCCACCAACGCUUAAAAUAGAAACGUCAUACCCGUUCGAGUUAGUCGCAAUUGAUGUAAUGCUGUUGCCAAAAUCAUCUAGGAAUAAUAUCGCAGUUGUAGUGGCAGUAGAUCACUUUUCAAAAUGGUUAGUUGCAGUACCUCUUCGGGAUAAAAAGGCUUCUACAGUAACAAAAGCAUUUACAGAAAAUAUUUUACCCACUUUUGCAGGCAUUCCCGAUAGAGUUCUUUCUGAUAAUGGAGUAGAAUUCAAAUCAUCAGAAUUUAAUGAAGUUCUAGAAAAUAACAACAUCACUCACAUUUAUAGCACUCCAUAUAAAGCUUCAUCUAAUGGCUGUGUCGAAAGAUGCAAUAGAUCCAUCAUUCAACUUCUGAAAGGAUUAGUACAAGAAAAACCCCGUACAUGGGAUUUGCAUUUACCUAAAGCCUUGAUGAUCCACAACCAUACUGUACAUUCUCAGUUAGGGAUGAGUCCUUCACAAUGCAUUUUACAUACCACACAUCCUUCUGACAAGAAAUUACCCAUUAAGAAUAAAGUUAUAGAAACCUGGAAGGAAGGUAACCCUAAAUUCGCACCUUUUUCGUUAGGUCAACUGGUAUUAAAGAAAAUUCAAAGGAAGGGACAUAGUCUAGGGCAUAAAUUAUCUGAACGUUUUGAAGGUCCAUUUAGAGUAGUCAAAGUUCAGUCCAACGAACUAACAUACGAGUUACAGAAGGAAAAUGAUAAUCAGGAGGACAAGAUAACCUACAAAGCCCAUUAUAGGCAACUGAAGGCAUUUAAAACAAUACCGGAAUACUUGAAGAAAUAUGUCAGUAACGAAUGUAAUGACUCGAAAAGAAUGAAAAGAGAUCACAGUAGUGAUACAUUAGCAGAAGGACUGGGAGCCACAUAUGAUUUCAGCAGCGAAUGUAGUGACACCAGUACAGAUGAUCACAAUGAAGGCAAACUUUCAGUUAGCCCGAACAGGUUAGAAAGCUCCUCAAUCGUNCCCAUCAUGUUCUGCACAUGA